AUGUCUUGGUUCCUAUUAGUUCUGAUUCUCAAUCUCACACUUACUAGCUUCUCAGAUGGCAGCCAUGAUAAGAAGCUUCUUACCCCAGUUGUUGUUGGCACUGUCUACUGCGACACAUGUUUUCAGCAUGAUUUCUCCAGGAACAGUCACUUCAUGGCAGGUGCAUCAGUUGCUGUAGAGUGCAAAAAUGGAAACUCAGAGCCAAGAUUCUGGAAAGAAGUGAGGACUAGUGAACAUGGUGAAUUCAAAGUUGAGCUUCCAUUUUCAGUGAGUAAACGAGUGAGGAGAAUCAAAGGGUGUACUGUAAAACUGAUGAAAAGCAGUGAGCCUCACUGUUCAGUGGCCUCCGCAGCAACUUCUUCUUCUCUCAGUCUCAAGUCAAGAAACCAGAGAGAGCACACAUUCUCAGCUGGGUUUUUCUCAUUCAAGCCCCUUCAACAGCCAGAUCUUUGUAACCACAAGCCAAGUAGUGCUCAAAACUCAAAGGAAUUUGAUUCUGUGAAAACCGGGUUACCUCCAAACUUGCUUCCUCCUCCACUUCAGAAUCCAACCACCCCCAUUGGUCUUCCACCUCUUCCUGAAGUACCUCAGCUUCCACCAUUGCCAACUCUUCCUCCUCUUCCACCUGUUAUAGGAAUUCCACUACCGCCAAUCCCAAAACAUGCUCAAGAGACCCAAAAACCUCAGUCCCCAGAUGAGAAGGUAGCUCACCCUGAUUUCUUCUUCCCUCCGAUCCUUCCACCCUUAAUCCCAAACCCGUUUCAGCCACCACCCUUAAUCCCAAACCCGUUUCAGCCACCACCCUUAAUCCCAAACCCAUUUCAGCCACCAAGACCACCACUCAUCCCGAACCCAUUUCAGCCACCAAGCCCACCACCACUCAUCCCCAACCCGUUUCAGCCUCCACCAGCAAGCCCAGCACCACUCAUCCCCAACCCAUUUCAGCCACCACCAGCAAGCCCAGCACCACUGAUCCCCAACCCAUUUCAGCCACCACCGGCAAGCCCAGCACCACUGAUUCCCAACCCAUUUCAGCCUCCACCAUCAAGCCCAUUACCACUGCUUCCUUUCCCACCAAUUCCUGGUUUAACUCCAUCGCCGCCGCCGCCUCCUCCUCCAGCACCAUUCUUGCCAUUUCCUUUUCCUCCACUAUUCCCACCUCGUAGCCCCAGUAAUCCCCCUGCUUCUUCUUCAAAGACUACUUCUCCUUGAUGAGAGAUUCUCAUAGAUAUUCAGUCUAUAAAAGAUAAGUACAAACAUGUAAAAAAGGCACCCCACUAGAAAGUAUGCUUGAAUUGUUUACAUGUUUCUUCAUGAUUAGUUUGAUUAAUCUAUCUUUUAUAGACAGAACCUACAAAAGAAUGUCUCCUCCUUGAUCAAAUACAACCUACUUAUAAUCCUCCAAACAACUCCUUCCACAUUAAGAAGUUAUUUACUUUCGUUGUGUCUGUAAAUCCUAAUAUAGUUAUGAUAUAAUCAAUGAUAGAUGGGGAUAUAUCUGCAAUAUGCAGAGUGUCUAUUACUGAAAAAAUUGAGACAUCAUUAUCAUUGUAUUAGUAAUAAAUUUGGGUAUGUCAACAUGCUACAGUUUCAGUCAUGUAAACUCUUACUAUUAAUGUAUUUGUUUUCCCUGAAA